GCCAUUAACAAGAUCCCUGGGACCUACUCCGAGCACGUGGCUCUCCAGGGACAUCACUUGCGAACACUAUUUUGGGCAUGUUCUCAGAGUUGAAGUUCCCUGUGCCCUGGGGCCACGUGGCAGCCAAGGCCUGGGGACCCUCGGAGGGACACCCCGUGCUGUGCUUGCACGGCUGGCUGGACAACGCCAACACCUUUGACAAGCUCAUUCCACUGCUCCCCAGAGAUUGCUAUUAUGUGGCAAUGGAUUUCUCUGGCCAUGGCUUGUCAUCCCAUCGACCUGCAGGCUCCCCCUACCAUUUUCUGGAUUACGUGACCGAUGUGCGGCGGGUGGCAGCAGCCUUGCAGUGGAGACGAUUCACCCUGAUGGGUCACAGUAUGGGUGGGUCUGUGGCAGGAAUGUUCUGUUUCCUUUAUCCUGAGAUGGUGGACAAGCUGAUCCUGCUGGAAAAUCUUGGCUUUCUGCUAGCUCCAGAGGACACUGAGGCAUGGCUGAAAUCAGAACGGAUGGUGAUUGACAGAUUACUGAGUCUAGAGGCAAAGCAGCAAAUUCCCAAAGCACGGAGCCCUGAAGCAGCAUUGCAGAGGCUCUUAGAAGCAAACAGACAUCUGACAGCAGAGGGUGGGGCAAUCCUACUGCAGCGAGGAGCAACUGAGACACCCGCUGGGCUGGUGUAUAACAGAGACCUGAGAGUCCGUACGCAGAGUCGAGAGUCCUUCACGGUGGAGCAGUGCGUGAAGCUCUUGCAGAAGAUUCAGGACCGUGUUCUCAUAAUUGUAGCACAAGAUGGACUCUUGGUACCACACAAGCUAGACAGCACAAAUCACUUUGUGAAAGCCCUACAGGAAGCAUUUGAAUCUACCCUCAAAGAGCACAUCCAGCUAGUAGAGGUGCCUGGGAGUCAUUUUGUGCAUCUGAACGAGCCCAAGGUGGUGUCUGGGAUUAUCAGCAACUUCCUGACAGCGCAGAACACCAGAGCCAGGCUCUAAGAAGCACUCACUGCUGCAGCAGUCCAGGAGAACAGGGAGCUAAAAAGCAGGCUCUGGAGGAAUUGUCACCAUUCCUACCUCACAUCCAACAUCAGUUUCACAAUACCCUUCCCUAAGCUUAGCUCACUGCAAGGUGGAAGCAGGUCUGCUGGGGGUUCCCUGGAGGAGAGCUGAGGAAAAUAUCUUGGUUGUCAGAGGGAGAAGGAAUCCUUCCUUCACUUCCAGCUCUGUGAGUACAGGGAUAGAUGCCCAGAGUGGCCUUCCCCUCGCUUGCUCCUAACUUAUGCCACGAAAUGGAGCAGGAAUACAGGCAAAGGCAACCACUGUGGGAGCAGCGGCAACACCAGCUGUAGCAUUGCAAGAGAUAGGUGGCUCAUCUCACCUCCUCCCUGGGGAUGGUGCAACCAGUCUCCUCCCAGGGUUACACCUACUGAAAAACCAGGAAAGUGUUCUGCUUCUUUGCUUACUUCCAUGGGUGCCUGAGCUCAGAGGGCCUCAGUGUCUCUGUUCUACUCUGAGCUGCUGCUUGUUUAAAAGUCAGCUUAAAAGCUCACCUGGGCACAGAAGGCUAUUCUAAUGAACUCCUAGGGAAUGAGUCACUAAUGCUCUAGCUGGAGCAGCUGGGAGAACUACUAAUAAUGGAAAAGUUGGCAAAAGAUGAUUUCUGUCCUAAAUAAAGAUUAAUCUCCCAAUAUUAA